AAUAACCGACGUGCCUUUGAACACCAACUCGUCCAUCCCUCUUCCCGGGGCAACAUGCCACGAUUCUAUUCGUCCGCGUGUCAUGGUCGGUUUUAAGGGACCCACGUCAUCUCCUCUAUGACAGGGGUUCGUUUGUCCGUACAGACCUGGAUCCAAGAACCAACCCUCAUCCAGUCCCUGCCCUCCACGUGGUUAACGACACGUGUCGCCAAAUUUUGGCGCCAAACUCUCAAUGGUCGGAGUCAACUAAGCAACGGCGAAGUCCUAGUCAGCCGCCACGUGUACACGCAGGAUUUCUACUUCCAUUUCACAAUAUCUCCUUCUCUAUAUUUGAGAACUUCAAAAUUGGAAGUACCUCCAAAGACCAGUAGAUCACAAGAAACAGAGUAUUGGUCCUAUAGUCUACACAAUGAUUCAAAAAUUCAAUCGAAAGCUUCAAAACGACCGCCGAAUCCUGUCGUUUCCAGCAGUCCAUCCUUGCGAGGCCAUUUGUCCAGCAACCCUUCUCGCUUCUCUUACUUCUCUAGCUCACAACAUAUGUAAUUACCAGUCAAAAUCCUUCGCUACGCAACGAAGAAACGUGCGCGAAACAAUUCGCCAAAUUGCAAUUUUGCUUGUAUUCUUUGACGCAAUUCAUGAUCGUGGCUUGACCCUUUCUGAUUCCGUGCUUUUAUGCUUCUCCGAGCUUCAUCUUACUUUCCAAAAGAUUCAGUUCUUGCUGGAAGAUUGCUCAAGGGAAGGUUCAAGGCUCUGGAUUCUUGUAAAAUCUCAGCAUGUUGUCACUCAAUUUCGUGUAUUAAUUCGGGGUAUAGCCACAGCGCUUGAUAUUCUGCCACUGAAUUCGAUUGAUGUUUGUAGUGAAGUGAAGGAGUUGGUUGAAUUGGUAGCAAAACAGGCAAGGAAGGCGAAACUUGAAGUUGACUCAGAUGAUGAACACGCCAUGAAUCGAGUACUUACCACAUUGGAUCUUCUCGACAAGGGAGUUGAACCAGAAUUCCAAAUACUGAAAUGGGUUCUUGAUUAUCUGGACAUCAAAAGCUGGAAUGAUUGUAACAAGGAAAUCAAGUUCUUGGAAGAUGAGAUUGAAGUUCAGUGCUCCACCUGCGAUGAAAGAGAGGUUCCAUUUUUAAGCAGCUUGCUAGGGUUCAUGAGCUACUGCAGGGGAGUUGUUUUUCAAGUAUUAGACGAUGAAAACCGGGAUCAAAUCGACGUGAGAUGCAUCAUGGAGACACUUAGCUGCCUAAAUCCAGACGAUUUUCGAUGCCCAAUUUCACUUGAGCUAAUGACUGAUCCAGUGACGGUAGCCACGGGACAGACUUAUGAUCGAUCUUCGAUUCAAAAAUGGCUGAAAGCAGGAAAUACAACAUGUCCCAAAACAGGGGAGAAACUGAAAAACACAGAGUUCGUCCCCAACACAGCUCUCAAAAAGCUAAUCCAACAGUUCUGUGCAGAUCAUGGAAUUUCUCUGGGUAAAUCAGGAAGACAUAGCCGUGACAUAACCAGGACGAUUAUCCCAGGUAGUCCAGCCGCUGCAGCGGCCAUGAGAUUCCUCUCAAGAUUUCUCGCAAGAAGAUUGUUCUUCGGAGAAGGUGAAGAGAAAAACAAGGCGGCGUACGAGAUUCGUUUGCUCACAAAAUCAAACAUCUUCAACAGGGCUUGUUUAAUAGAAGCAGGCACAAUCCCACCUCUCUUGAAGCUUUUAGCUUCAUAUGAUAGGUCUGCACAAGAGAACGCCAUAGGUGCUCUGUUGAAGCUCUCAAAGCAUACUAGUGGGAAGAAAGUGAUGGUUGAAAGCGGGGGAUUGAACCCAAUUCUUGCAGUACUUAACAAAGGAUUGAGCAUGGAAGCAAAGCAAAUGGCGGCAGCUACUAUCUUCUACCUCUCUUCUGUAAAGGGUUACCGGAAACUAAUCGGAGAUACGCCGGAGUCAAUUCCAUCUCUCUUAGAGCUCAUCAAGGAUGGUACUAACUGUGGUAAAAAGAAUGCAGUAGUCGCCAUUUUUGGUCUGCUCUUAUACCCAGAAAAUAAAAAGAAAGCGCUUGCUUCUGGCGCAGUUCAAAUUCUACUUAACAUUUUAACAACUUCAGACAAGGUGGAAUUGAUAGCAGAUUCGCUAGCAGUUCUAGCAACACUAGCUGAAGAUGCUGAAGGUACAUUCGCCAUUUUAGAAGCUCGUGCUUUGCGUCUAAUAAUUGGGAGUCUUCAGUGUUUAACAUGUAGAGCAGGGAAGGAAUACUGUGUCUCCAUUUUGCUUUCUCUGUGCAACAAUGGCGGCGAUGAGGUGAUUGGUGUAUUAGCGAAAGACCCUUCUCUCAUGGCUGCCUUGUAUUCGCUCUUAACAGACGGCACGUCGCAUGGCAGCAAAAAAGCAUGUACCCUUAUGAAGAUUCUGCAUGAAUUUCAAGAAACAAGAACAGUUCGUGCCUGGUGAAUAUUCAUUCCUCACUUCUGCUUCUGGUUCUCUUUCUGUGUAAAUAUACAUAUAUAUGGUGUGUGAUAUAGCCCGUGAUUUUGUUUCUUUUCUUUGUUUUUUAACCAUUUAAAUGUCAGUGGAUUAGCUCAGUUUUUGCAAGAGCUAAUCACUGUGUUAGGCUUUGAUUUCAUAGUUAAAGGAAAGUAGAGCAUGUAAUGAUAAUUUAUAGUGGGCAGUUUUGGUUCUUGUCAA